AUGGCUUGCUGUGUCCCCUGCUGCUGCAGUGUCCCCACCGGCCCCGCCACCACCAUCUGCUCCUCGGACAAGUGCUGCCGCUGCGGAGUCUGCCUGCCCAGCACCUGCCCACACACGACCUGGUUACUGGAGCCAACCUGCUGUGACAACUCCCCCCCACCCUGCCACAUCCCUCAGCCCUGCGUGCCCACCUGC